AUUUUCCUUUGUGAAAUUAACGAACUGUUUUCGCCAUUGAUACUUUGUUGUUUUGUUUUUUCAUAAAAGGAAAGUAAAAAUGAAGCUGAAAAUAACUAGUUUGUUCAUACUUUUGGCUUCGGUUACUUUGAUAGAGGCUAUGCAUAUGGCAGCUUCAAAAAGUAGACUGAUUUAUAUAGCAAAUGUUGAUGUUGGUUAUAGUGAAUUUAAAGAAAGCAAAAAUAUAUUGAAUGAAGCCGAUUGGAAAGCAAGAUGUACGUACAAAAAAGAUGGUCUUCCAGACAUAAAAAAAGUUAAAAUGGUCAGACAGAAGUCCAUGCGAAGUGGCAACGUUGAUUAUAAAAUUAUGAAAAGUGCUGCUGACAUAAACGCAAUCGUUGCCAGUUAUGAAAAGAGUCACAACGAAGCGCUAGAAAAGAACGAAGUAACUUAUGACAAGGAAUGUUUCAGAAAAGAUAAAGCGCUACUUGAAGAACAAGCUGAGAAAUUUUCAAACUUAUAUACUUCAACUACCGAAGCCGAUAAACGGACACAAAUUGAAAACAUUUGCGAUGACAUUUUCACGAAUUUGGCCAUUAUGAGAACCAGCAUUUACAUGCACAAAUGGAUAAAAAAGGCAACAUCGCUUGUGGCUGCAGUGGGUGGAGCAGUCGUCGGAGGUGUUCCGGGAGCCGCAAUCGGAAGUGGUGUCGGUUAUCUCGCCGGAAGAUCAUUCAUCAGAAGAAAUAUAUAACUAUUCAAUUUCAAUGCAAUGCGAUUCUUGUGCAAAUUAACGAUGAUGAUAAAAUAAAAGAAACAACAUUAAAUUUGACAAACAA